AUGGCCCGCCUGCUGCGCUCCCUGCGCAGCUCACAGCCCGUGGCCCGCUUCCAGCGCCGCUGCGGGCUCUUCCCCGCCGGCGACGAGGGCGGUGGCGACCCGGCGGAAUGGGUCCGGGACAACGGGUCCUGCAACGCCGCGGGCGCGCCGUGCCGCUCGGCAGCCGCCGCCCGCGCGUCCCCCAACGGGGUGCGGAGCGGCCGCGGCGCGCAGGGUUAUGUGCAGAAGUAUGUUGUGAAGAACUACUUCUACUACUACUUGUUCAAGUUUUCAGCUGCUUUGGGUGAAGAGAUUUUUUAUAUCACUUUCCUUCCGUUUACCUACUGGAACAUAGAUCACUCUGCAUCUAGAAGGAUGAUAAUUAUUUGGUCUAUAGUGAUGUACAUAGGCCAGGUCUCCAAGGACAUCCUGAAGUGGCCUCGGCCCCUCUCUCCACCCGUUGUCAAGCUGGAAAUGAGGACGAAUGCAGAGUAUGGGAUGCCUUCCACCCACGCCAUGGCAGCUACUGCCAUCUCCUUCUCCUUUCUCAUUGCAACCGUCAACCAGUACAAGUAUCCAUUCGAGCUAGGCCUAGUGGCAGCGUUCGUGUUUUCAGCGCUGGUGUGUCUCAGCAGGCUCUACACAGGGAUGCACACAGUGCUGGACGUGAUCGGUGGAGCGCUGAUUUCGGCCGUGCUGCUCGUGCUCUUGUAUCCUGCGUGGGACACGAUAGAUAACUUGCUGUUGACCAGUCCCUUCUGUCCGCUGUUUUCCAUAGUCGUCCCUCUUGUCCUAUGUUACAACUACCCCAAACUAGACUACUACAGCCCUACCAGAGGAGACACCACCACUAUCUUAGGAGCAGGAGCUGGCGCAACGGUGGGAUUUUGGUUAAAUAACCGGUACGCUGCGCCAGCCUCCACCAGCAAAUAUUUUCAGCUUGGAUUUCCUCAGCUGACCAGUCAAAUAGUGGCGGUCAUGCUAGCCAGGUUCCUCGUAGGGAUCUUUGUCAUCCUACUGACACGCCAGCUCAUGAAGAGCGUGGUCCUUGGGCUGCUGGGCUAUCGGUACAAGUUCCCCCUGGGUGACCUGGAAGCCCGGAGACGGCUGGAAGUGGAAGUGCCGUAUAAGUUUAUAACGUACUCCUCAGUCGGCCUCAGCGCCACGGUGCUGGUGCCAGUGCUGCACGAGCUCCUAGGCCUCAUGUGAGCGCAGUGCCUGCUGUGCAGGGGAGUGGAUUGGCAGCACCAUUGCCGACAUGGGAUGUGUUGACUGAGGCUGGUAACUUGACCAAAAAAGUGUUUUGUGCCUUGUUGCACUGGUGUGCUGGGUUGGCCCUGGCUGGAGGCCAGGGGCCCACCAAAGCUGCUCUAUCUCUCCCCUCCUCAACUGGACAGAGGAGAGAAAAUUGAACGAAAGGUUUGUGGGUUGAUGUAAGGACAGAGAGAGAUCACUCACCAAUUACUGACAUGGGCAAAACAGACUCAAUUUGGGGUAAAAAUAAUUUAUUACCAAUCAAAUCAGAGUCGGAUAAUGAGAAAUAAACCCAAAUCUUAAAAGCACCUCCCCCCAUCCCUCCCUUCUACCCAAGCUUAACUUCACUCCUGAUUUUCUCUACCUCCUCCUUGCCCAGAAGUACAGGGAAUGGGGGUUAUGGUCAGUUCAUCACAGGUUGUCUCUGCUGCUCCUUACUCCUCAAGAGGACUCCUCACACUCUUCCCUUGCUCAGGUGUAGGGUCUGUCCCACAGGAGAUGGUCUUCAUGGACUUCUCUAACAUGAAUCCUUCCCAUGGGUUGCAGCUCUUCACGAACUGCUCCAGCGUGGGUUCCUUCCAUGAGGUUACAGGCUUCUUCAGGCAUCCUUGUGCUCUGGUGUGGGGACUACAGCGUGUGGCAAUGAUAAGAUGCCAUCAUUUUCUGGAGCUGCACGGUGUUACAGUUGGUCUUCCAUGCAUCUUGUAAUUCUGUGUAUAUGCUUGUAGAAUAGCAGUUGAAGAGUGGUCACAGGGGGGUCAGCACCAUAAAGCAGGCUUCUUAUUUAAAAAAACCCCACAUAUAUCAGCUGUUGGACCAAGGAGCUGUUGAGAAAUACAGCAAUGAACGUGGUCUGCUUGGCUAGAAAAAUGACACAUGCUCUGAUUGUGGAGCUUCAAGCAUGGCCCCUGUGCCUUUCCUGGCAGAAUGUCCUGUGCAAGCCAGCUUUGGAACCAUGUACACUCGCUGUCUUGGCUGCAGGAGAAAGUAACCUGAAGAAUAUAAAGGAGGUGCUUUGCCAUCAGCUGACUGCUUGGAUAAAUAUAAUCACCUUUGAAAAACCUGGCUGGGAGUUGUGUUUGAGGAGUGGGAGGCAUUCACUUGAAAGUAGUCUCCAAAAGAAAUGGAGGCAGACAUUUUAACCCUUUCUAGAUUUGCCCAGGCUGUGGAUAAACCAUUUUAAGUCAGGCUGUGUGAACUUCACAUGUGCACGCAAACAGCUUCCAUGCGUCUUUCAGCAGGGCACCUCCUGUUAGGAGUGCUUUAUGGUGUACAGCUGCCUGGCAGAGCUGGAGCCCUGUGAAAGUGUCACAUCACAGUGGAUGGGACAACCAAAACUGGGAAAAAACUUGACAGCAAGCUGAGUGUUGAAGCUGUGGGGUGGAAUGAGUCCCAAGAAAGGCAUGGUUUGACAGGGACAUUCAUGCAGGUUUAUGUGCAGAGGUUCUGUUCUGAAUCACAGCUAUUUUAUGCUAUGAAGACUUUUUAAUUUAUACAGAAAUGCUUGGAUUUAUAAAGUAUGCAC